AUGAGGGAGAAGAAUAAUAGGAGGAAUAAUAGGAUGAAGGAUACGAAGAAUUAUAGGAAGAAUAAUAGGAGGAAGAGUAGGAGGGCCCAGCCCCCCCGUGGAAAAGGGGAACCUCCCGAGCUCAUCUCGCUCAUCCACAGAUGCGUAAAUCGCGAAAGAGGAGCUUUACACACAACGGCGAGCUUCGUCCCUUUUUUGAGCUCCAUUUUUGCCACCCCCAUAAGACAAUUGGCCGAGCAAACAAAUGAGAGAGGAAGCACCCACAGUGCGAAAAUAAACGAUGCUGCGGUGAAGGUACAAAAAACAGGGGGAAGGAAGAGGCACCACUCGGAGGAGCCCCCCCAUUGCACGCACAGCAGUGCCCCCCGUGAGGGGGAUGCAGCCCCUUCGCUAGAGUGCACCGCUGGAGGGGGAAGCGGCACUCGAGAGGGCGCGGUGAGUGGCGGCUCCCCCCGUGACGAGCGCGAACAGGGGGGGAAGCAGCCCGAGGAGAAGGGCCACACUGGGGGAGGAAGCGGCGGUGGGGAGAAAGGCGAUGGAGGAGGACGCUCAAAUGGUGAGAGCGACCAAAGCGAUGAAAGUGAUGGAAGCGAUGAAAGUGAUGGAAGCGAUGGAAGCGAUCAAAGCAGCCAUAGCAGCCAUAGCAGCCGGAGCCGGGAGGGCCACCCCGCGCGCGACUCCCAACCCAGCAGCAGCUUCAAGUCCAACCGAGCCAGGCACCCAAAGGCGAAGGUUCCAGAGCAAGUGCAAAUGUCGAAGCGCACCCCCCGUAGGAAGAAAAUCAUUGUGAGCUCAUCCACGUCGAACGAUAACGAGUCUUCCAUUUACAACAUUUUUGAGGAGGACUUUAGCUUCUUCUAUCCGAAUCAGUCGAACCCGUUUAGCUACUGCAGUAGUGACAAUCGAGAUAGGACGGGCCAAACGUGGGGGAAAACACCCCCCUCGCAUGAGGUUAAUGAGGCCCCCCAUUCGAAGGGCAGGACGGACCACCUCUACCACGUGAAAGGAGGGGCGGAGUACACUCAAACGGGAGAGGCAAGUCAAAUGGGAAAGUUUCAAUCUGUGUUGGCGCCGCUAAAUGGAAGUACCUUUGAGGGGGUACUCAACCCAAACGGGGGGAAGACCAAAAAGAAGAAGAAGAAAAAAAAAAAGAUGCACCUGAUGGAUGACCCGGGGGGGAGUACAAAUGGGGAGGAUAACCCGAAUACGAAUAGGAUGGGCGAGAAACCCCCCGGGGGGGCUUCACCCGAGGGGAAGACGCGCAAAGGCGCCCAAAGGAGUAGACACCCGGGCAGCCCCGAAUGGCACUCGGACCACUACGCAGCGAGCAGCUCCAAAAACUCCCUUUCGUUCAGCGAACAAGUAAACAUCUGCGAUAAAAGGAACGCCAACAUCUUCCUCUACAGAAAGGAAAACAUCCUACGUUUGAAGAGAACCCACGAUGGGAAAAAAAAAAAAAAAAACUACAACGAUAUCAUUUACCACAUAGAUACGAUUGUUAAUGUAAACAGGAGAGUCAAGGUGGUUAUUAUAGGAGCGGGUCUCUCCGGACUUGCAGCUGCCUACGUUCUGCUCAACCAUAACGUCGAUGUGACAGUGUACGAAGCGAGGAACCGAAUCGGUGGCAAAUUUUUUUACUCUUCAGAUGAAAAGAAAAACUACUUAGGAGAAGUAGACCUGCUAGUCAAUCGGAACAACCCCCUCAUCAAUUUCUGCCUUAACAAGAAUAUAUACCAUAAGGAUGUGAAUAGGCAUUUAUAUAAACACUACGUCUGUUAUAAGGGGAAGAAAAUCUAUAAGCACGAAAUGAGGAGCGAGUUUUUCAAGGCCCUUCACAAAUUGAGGUUCCACUACGAGCAGCUUUUUAAUUCCUCCUCUUUCCACAACAUGAAGGAUAAGAAGGUCCUCUUGGGUAUGUCACUUGGGGAAGCCAUUCGAACAGAAGUUGCCAAAAUGAAGAGCGAAAGAAAUCCCAAAAGUCUGCACGUCCAGAUGUAUGCUUCCUACGUAGAAGCCACGGCAGGAAUUAAAUUGGACCGCCUCUCCAUUCAGUACCUCUUCUACGACCUCAGCUUUCUGGAUGUGCUCCAGACCAUCUGUUGCAACUUUGAAAUUGCAGAGAUAUUUAAAAAAUUAAAAAAGAAUAUCCUCAUAAGGAAAAAUAAAAUUGUUAAUAAGAUAUAUGCCUACAAUGAUAACAUCAAGGUGGGCUUUAGCAAUCACGUAGACAAUAGGCUGUAUGACUACUGCAUUGUGACCGUUCCCAUUGGGGUUUUGAAGGACAGCGCCAGGUUUUUUGGCCGCACCAGGAGGGGGAGAGGCCACCCUCGGGGGAAGCCGCCCCCAGUGGGGGAGUUAAAACGGGGUGGAUUGAUAAGCCACCUUGGAGGGAUGAGCCACGUUGGAGUGAUAAGCAACUUUGGAGGAAUGAGCCACCUUGGAGGGAUACCCCCCCUUGACCACCCCCCCGCGGGGGAAUCAAACCAACCGCACAGGGGCGAUCAUCCCAAAUGGGCCCCCCCCCAUGGAGAGCCAAACAGGGAGACCCCACGGAGGAAAGCCCUAUCACUGCACCCACCCUCGGAAUCGCACAGCGCGCCCCCCUGGGGCAAAACCCCCAACCAGAACGCGUCCACCUCCAGUGACUACCUCAUCAACAACAUAGACGUCACCACGAACGAGAAUAGAAGCACCUGCAGACUCAAAGGCUCCAGCAACAACGGGGUGCUCUACUUCAGUGGGGAAGGCUGCGCAAGUCCGGCCCGCUGCUCCUACGAAACGAACAGCAAUCGUAACGUAUUCGCGGCGGAAAAAUCAGGCGAGUUUUUCUGCAGAACCGUUUGCAGCAAGGGGGAUAGAGACAAUGGUCCAAAUGACUGCUCACUGCAGAAUGGUCCAGUGGAAAGUCCCCACAGCUCCAGCAAGCAGGGGACCCUGUCGGAUGGGAAGGACACGCACAUCUUCAACGUUGGCAGCUGCGCUAAGUGGGAGAAGUACACGAAGCCCUUUUCGGGGGACCGCCCAGCCGGGGGCGCCAUCAACGUGGAUCGAGCAGAAGGGAGAAGGCGAAACGGGGGAGGGCGAAACGGGAGAGGGAUUAACGGGAGAGGGAAGGGGAAGAAACGCCCUAAGGGAUAUCCCGGGGGGAAGCCACAUGGAAACCCGAGGGGCCACCCCAACACCACCGUGAGGGACCCGCCCAACCAGGAGGGCACGGGACUCAUCGAGUUCGUUCCGAAGCUCCCCAAGUGGAAGACAAACAGCAUUCGCCGAUUGGGGGUCUCCAAAAAUAGCAAAAUUGUCAUCACGUUGAAGGAGCGCAUUGUGGAGAGCACCCAGAAUGUUAGCAUUUUUUUCGGCCGCGCAAGGGCGAAAGGGGAGGGGAGCAGCAGGAAGGAGGCGCCAAAGGAGGCGUCCAACAAGGAAGCGCCCAACAGGGGUGACUGCAACCCAGAUGACCGCAACAUAAGUGACCGCAACACAGAUGACCCCCUUGCAACUCCCGCCUUCACGCCAGACCGGGGGAGCAGCAACUCCUGCCUCGCUAACGUGCACCCGGCGAACAACGCAGCGAUGGGAAGCUUCCUCUCCACGGCGGUGUCCAAUUCGAGGGAGGAGGAAAACGGCGAGGGGGAGUUUCCCCCCCUGCAGGAGAGGAAGGAGGGGCUGCCAGGAGUGGAGACCCCCGACGGGGGAAUGCCAAUCGGGGAGGCAUCGAAGACGAUUGAGGAAGCAUCGAAGACGAUUGAGGAAGCACCGAAGAAGGUUGAAGAAGCACUCCACUGUGAGGGCACCCCCCCAAAUGGGCAGAUCCAUAACUCCAGCCAUGUCUUCCGCCCCCCCCUAAAGCGCACAGACGAUUGCAGCUUUAUGGGGUACCUCAAGAGGGAGCGCCUCAUCAGCGGGGAGAAGUUCCGCUCCACCUACAGCAGCCACGUCGAAACGAGCAAAUGCAGCCGCGUCGAAACGAACAAAUGCAGCCUCGUAGAAACGAACAGGUACAACCACAUCGUCUUCUACAGCGCGCACCCAGUGAUCGCCCUGUUCCUGAAGAAGAAGUACCGGCAGAAGGUGGCCCAGAUGGCCAAGAGAAAAGUCAUAAGCGAGUGCAAGUCCUUUCUAAUGGACCUACUCCCGGGGAUUAAAAUCGAGAAGAUAUGCUAUUACGACUGGGUGGGGAAUAAAUUCUCUCGGGGGGUAAACUCAUUCGUUGGAAGGAGGACCCUUCAGAUUGACAAGGACAUUCUCUCCUUUCCAGUGAACCGACUGCUAUUCGCGGGGGAGCACACACACAACAGCGGGUGCAGCUCUCUUGUGAGUUCCUUCCUCAGUGGGAAGAGGGAGGCCUACCGAAUCAUAGAAAAAAUGAACAAGGCUGUUUACAAGAACAAAUUGGUGAAAUGCUUUUACAGCAGGGAGACCCCCGGGGAGGUGGAAGUGCCAAGUGGGAGGUGCACCAUCACCGUGGAGAGUGGCACUCCACUAGGGAACACCGUAUGCGCCAUUGGAGGAGAUAACCUCGCCAGUACACGCGAUGGCGAGAUGAGACCGUCCGAGCAGGGGUGUACCACCCCUACCCAUACCCAGAAGGGGUGCACCAAACAACCACAGUACCCCUCCUAUGGAGAAGCUAAAGGACCCAAAGAAAUCACCAUCAAGGAUACGGACUCGAAUUACUUCCUCUACGUCUACGACGAUGAAGUGAUCGGAUUGGAAAAAAAAGAAUACGACGCCUGGUUCCACAGCGUCAGGUGCAUACUCUGUAACGAAAGGCAAACGGUUAAUAGGCUAUUCAUCGGGGUGAUUAAGCUGAAGCAUAAAAACGGCUCCUACCUCAAAUACACCUGCCAUAAGGACUGCCUCUAUUAUAACAAUUACACGUAUAAUCAUGUGUAUGGGAAUAGGUACUUCAAUCUGACUGUCCUUUUUAAUUUUCUCUUCUACAAGAGGUGCUCCAUCUGCCUUCUUAACUUCCCCUCCCUGAAGUGCAGCCUAAAUAACUGCAAUAAUUUUCUGCACGUGAACUGCGCCAGUAGCUACCUGUCCUGGCCCAACUUUAGCAAAACCAGUCGACACGAAAUCCUCUAUUGCUACAAGCACCAGUACAUGCACGGGAUUCAUCACAACUACUAUGAGGAGGAGGGCGGCGAGAGGCUCCUCCGCCUGCUCAGGGAUAGGGGCACUCGCGAGGCACAGCCGCGGCGCAGGGGGAGCAGAAGGGGGAGCGGAAGCGGGAGCAGAAGCGGAAGCGCACGCGGAAGUGCACGCGGAAGUGCACGCGGAAGCGGCGACAACUGGGAUGAGGACCGCCCAGAUGGGUGCAGCGACGGGCAAGACCUCUACAGCGACCGGUGCAACUACCGCUACACCGACUGCCAUAUGGACCGCCACACCGACCGCCAUGCCGAUUUGAACUCCCUCCUGCUGCCCCUCCACGGGUGCUACACCCCCCUCGGCGAGGGAGCAAGCCAAGCCAGCAGGAACAACGCCGCGCCUUCCGCCGCCCCUGCCCCCUUCCACUACAGCGACAAAUUCUACGACCCCCCCAGAAGCAGCAACCGUUCGAAGUACCCCCCCAUUGAGGAGCUCACAGAUAACGUGCAUGCAAACAUAAGCAAGUUACUGAAGCACUAUAGGGACAAACACGACCAGAGCUCAGACCAAAUCGAUUUGACAUCCACUCUUAGAAGCUUCAGUUAUGUGAACGAAAAUCUAUACAUGUAUGUAAAGAAGAAAUACACGAAAGCGUUCCCUUCGUCCGAUCCUUUAAAUGCUUUGCUUCGUGAGCCACCCAUCAAGAAUGAGGCGAACCCAGGGGAAGUGUUAAGAGGAUUGGAUAGGGGCCUCCUCGGGCUGAGUUACCUAAACAGGGAUGUGUUUAUGCUGAAUGGGUUGCUUAAAAUGUCACUUCUGCAUGGGGGGGGAUCUUCCUCCCAACCGGAUAUGAUGCUUCCAGUUGCAGGCAGGUACGAGGGCCUUAUGGAGGAGGCCUUUUCGCAGCACCUGUGUAGUUACCCGGAGGACACGGCUGCGCCCUCGGUGGGGACGCAGCGCCAUGGGGGAGGCACUCUGCGCGGCGGCGAGGAAAGCGCAGCUAGUGCAGCGAAUGCAGCGAAGGACACACAGAACACCCUACUCAAUGGCACACAAAACGACGUACUCGAUGAGGCCCACCCCCGCGAAGACCAAGCGGCGAAGAACCACUUCCCCCUGGGAAGCAGACAAAGCGGCGCCUUCAUCUCCGAAGAAGAUUCGGCCAUCCUAAAGGUCAUGUGCGAACAAGGGAUUUUUGGCACCCCCAAAGACGAUGGGUUUUGCCAGCCCAGCAGCAGGAACGUGCAGAUCGAUGGGAACUCUACGGGAGCGGAAGGCGAAACUGAGCGGAGGAAUGACACCAGCACACACACGCAUGGGGGGAUAAGAAGAGGGGACUCUUCAAAUGGCCUUCCCAGCGGGUUAGCAAACCGUGAUGACGCAGAAGUGAGGGAGCAAACAAGACAGAGACAGGCGCAACAGAUGAAGGAUGCCAGCCAGAGGUGCAGCUCGCACGACUACCGCGAGUCUGCCAGCCAGAGGUGCAGCUCGAACGACUACCGCGAGUCUGCCAGCCGGAGAUGCAACUCGAACGACUACCGCGAGUCUGCCAGCCAGAGGUGCAACUCGAAUGACCACCACGAAUGUGCCAACUUACCAGGGGUCAUGCCCCACGUGGACAGCGCCAAUUACAACCUCAUGUUCCAGAUGCUCUCGAACUACUUCCGAGAAGUGGGCCAAGCCAAGCGGAGGAUGAUGGGGGGCGCAGCGGAUGGGCGGAUGAGCAGCUUAGCGGACGACGGCCACUCCAACUGGGCGAGCGGCGCGGGGGACUCCUUCCCGAACCGACCCCCCAAGGAGGCGCAGAAACGAACCGGCGGCGUCAUCAGCUACCCCCCGAACGUGGCCCACAAGGAGAAUCAAGUGGACAUGGAAGCGGAGCAAAAUGACCACCGCUUCGCUAGCGAAAGGUACUCCCACCAGACGAACCCAAUCAGUAGGCACAGAACACACGACGAGGCAGCUACCCGGCAGAUGCUCAUGCGAGGGGAAGAACCCAGUCAGCCAAAAAAAAAAAAAAACGUGCCAAAUAACAACAAGCUGGAAAUGCUCUACAAAUUAUACCUCGACCAGAACAACCUGAAUUACUCAGAUGAGAAUGAAAAUGAAAAUGAGUCCUCGCCCAAGGGGACUGGCAAAAGGCUCUUCCGAAAUAAGUUGCUGGAGAAUUACUAUCACAUCUUGAAUGGCAACUUGAGGAGGGAGAAGAUCCAGCGAGGUGGGGCGGACGCGGAAAGGGGGGCCCCCCUGGAGCACCACCAUACGCAUCACGCGCAGCACACGCAGCACACGCAGCACACGCAGCACACGCAGCACACGCAGUACACGCAGCACACGCAGUACACGCAGCAUCAUACGCAGUAUCGGACCCUGCAGGGGGGGGUGCCCCCAGUGGCGCAGCAGAUGCAAGCGGCAACCGAGCUGAGCAACCAAGACAAUCGACGGGCAGACAGUUCAGCCACCUCGCGGGGUAACAACGCAACCGCCCCGCAAAGGGAAGACCUUCCAGAGGAACACUCCUCGAGCCGAGCUGCCCACCAAAGAAACGUUAAGAAAAACCAAAUGAUGGAAAGCCAAAACCAAGGUGUAAGGACCCACUCUCAAACAGAACCAACGAACUAUAUAAAAAGACAAACGCUGCAGCACGAGGAACAGCCGACCGAUUACAAGGGAACUCUCUCCAUUCACACACAGAACGAGAGGAAGAACCAAUUCCUACCCCUUGACGGAGUGACGAAAACGAGGAGACAAAAGGACAUGGACCAAGGGAUACACUCACUUGACGAAAUAACCGAGGGAGCCCAAAGGUGCAGUCACAACAGCCGUGCUCUAGGAAAGGAGAAAAAGAAAAAAAAAAAAAAAAAAAAAAAUUACACAAGUGCGGCCGACCACAUGAAUGAGCAGCUGCUGCUCAACCACUUUGGGGGCGUCGAGUCGGUUCGAAUCUUCAACAGCCUCAGCCGCACGGAGAAGGAGCAGCUCAUUUCGAUUCUGCUGAAUGUGAAGGGGGAGGGGGGCGAAACUGACGAGGUGGACGAGGUGGACGAGGUGGACGCGGCGGAUGAGGAUUACGCGAAUAACGCAAGUCACUUGAACCACGCGCAUCACGCGUAUCACGCGUAUCACGCGGAGGGUGGGGAAGACCCGGACGAGAUGGAAAUCCGCGAAGACCGCGAGCAGCAAAGGGAGGAAACCAGCCGCGGAGCCAACCACGGAGCCAACCCCUUCUCCCCGCCGACCCACACCAAGAGGAAGCCGCCGAGAGAGCAACACGGAUCAUCGAACGGGAACAACUCGACCUAUAACAUGAGAAGGAAAACGAAGGGCGUGGCUUCUUUAUCAUUCCCGUCUGAACAACCAACUGAUGACUACUACGAUGAUGUGGAGGGGGCGUCUACGGAUGGCGGUCCAUCCAAUGCGGCAUGCAGCGCUGCCCCACCAACCCACGGUGAACACAUAAGGAGGGACCCACCAAGUGGAAAUGCCAAGGAAACGAACGAGAAGGAAGCAAGCAUGAGCAGCAACAAGCAGAAGGGAAAGAUAAAGAAAAAUAACGCCUCUUCUCGGGGGGGAAACUCCUCUAAUGAAAAAAAAAAAAAAAAAAACCUACACGCAACUUCAUCAAAUGUGAGUAGCCUCGCCAGUGUGUUAAUCACAAACAGGGGGAGAAACUACUACGGAGGGGUGCUCCCCUUCUACAUGUUCGAGGGGAACAAGGAAAGGAUCCCUGCAUGGGAAUAUGAUUAUCACAUGGGGGGGGACAUCCCCAGAAGCUACUUCACCAGGAGGAACUCCACGGCAAAUGAUGCCACCUGCAGCGAGUUAGCCACGUACCAAUUCAGUCGAAGCGAUAGAAUGCACAGUGACCAGCAUGACGGUAGACCGGCCACCAGAUUUAGGGGCAACCUGACUAGCUACAGCGACUUGGAGAGGCACUCCCUACUGAGCGGGAGCAGAAGCAGGAGUAGAGGCAGGGGCAGAAGCGGGCUGUUUGGGGGGUACCACACCGAUAGGGCGCCCAGGAGGAAGCUCGCGCACGUGGGCAACGCGGCGACGGCCACCGCAGCGGUUGCUACGAUCGCUACCACCGCUGCUACACCGGGUAACCCCCUUGACGGAGCUAACCCGAAGGAACAGAUGCACACCUCGGAGCGCGCCCCCUUCGGUGCACCCCCACCGGAGGAACCCAAAAGAAACGACGAAAAGGAGACGACCCCCAGUGGAAGUAACCCCAGCCAACAAACGCAAGCCUACCCCAAAGGAACCAACACAAAAAGGAACCAUCACCAUUUGGAGAAGUUGCUCCACCUGAUCCGGAGCAGCCCACACAUGCGAACAGACAAAGAGCAAGCCAAACAAAUUAACAGCAUCCUUAGCGAAUUUGCAAACUCUCUUAACACCGAGAGGGACCUCAAUCAAAGCACCACCACCACUGCUGACGACUCACAGAUGUGCAUGUUCAAUGGGGGUCAGGAGUUCACCCAGGAUGCCACACAAAGAAGAAACAACAACGUGAGCAGAAGGAAAGACCCAGACUACAGUUUGGGGCCGCUUAUAAAUAACGUAUGUGAUGGUGGAAGGGUGAUGGGGGAGACGACUGGGGGGCUUGUCGAGGAUGGAGCGACACACCCAGGUAUGAUGGAGAGGGGAGCGGCACACACGGGUAUUAUGGAAAGCGUAGCUACACACACGGGUGUUAUACAGAACGGGCCUGCCUGGAGAUCAUUUGACCACCACAGAGGAGGAGAGGACAACCCGAGCUGCUUCACGGGGGAUGGCCAGGAGGCCCAAAGAGGAACAUCAGUCGCACCUGGGGUAGCUCCACUGGUAAACGCAGACCAAACGAAUGAGGCGCACGUAAUGGGUAGACACAUGAAUAUGGCCGGCUACCUCGGUGACUGGGGGAACUCCAGCAGCGCGGACGCGGCGAACGGUGGAAAUGUAGUCAACACUGGAAAUGCCGCUAUCCCCCCCAACCUGCCCGGCGAGGACGGGCGAAGCAAAAGGAACAACUACCAAUUGGCACCCGUGGAGGGGCUCCACAGCGCGUACGAUGCAGACCUCAACCACCUCAGCAACAGCCUGAUGGGCACGCAGGCCACCUACAGCAUCAUCAAAUACAACUUAACGAAAAACAACCUCAUCAACAACGUGCUGAGUGACAUGAAAUCAAACCUCUCCCAAAAUAAUUUGAUGAAGACCUCGAGCGGUUGUGCCUACCCCGGUGCGAUGGAGGACGCGAAGGACGUCUCCUUUUAUCACUCGAAGAAGAGGCGCAAGUUGUAG